AUGGCCAUGCAUUAUCAUUUAUCAUUUCCAUUGAUGCUUAUUUUUGUUCUUUGCAAUUUUUACUGUUACUCAUCACCUAUCUCGUAUACUGACCAAAAUGAACAAGAACAAAUUAUAACACCAGCUUAUGUGGAUGAGCCGAAUCUGAUCAAAGCAUCGAUGAAAAAUCAUGAAACGAACGCCGACUAUUGGAAAAUCUUGUGUGUACUUUAUGAUGAUUGUUAUUCGAAAGAACGUCAAGACUACGUUCGUGCUGCGAUUAAACCCAAACGUUUAACGUCCAAUCUAUUUCACGGUAUUCCGAAAUUCGGCAAACGCGCUUUUACAUCGGCAUUUUCGGGUAUACCGAAAUUCGGCUAA